UUGGCGCGGGCGGUGGCGCGGGCGGUUAAGCGGCAGACACAAGUGACGCAAGGAGUACAAAGUGUAUAUGAUGACGAUGAAAUUCUUUUGGCUUUGGUUUUAAAAGAGGAUUCUAAAGAUGAACAAAAAUGUAAAGAAGAAUUAGAAAAAUAUUGUAAUGCAUUAACAAAUGCAAAACUAAAACCAGAAAAUGUUCACAACAAACUUAAAGAGUUUUGUGGAGGCAAAAAUCCAGAAAAAAAAUGCAAAGAUCUAAAAGGCAAAGUCAGUCAAAAAUGUACUACAUUUAAAGGAAAACUUCAAACAGCAGCAGAAAAGGGUAUCUCAGUUUUGACAGAUAGUGAUUGUGAAAAUGAACAACAAUGUUUGUUUUUAGAAGGAGCAUGCUCAACAGAUCUUAAAGAUAAUUGCAAUAAAUUAAGGAAUAACUGUUAUCAAAAGAAGCGUAAUGAAGUAGCAGAAGAAGCUCUUUUGAGGGCACUUCGUGGGGACUUGGAGAAAGAAGCUGAAUGUGAAAAGAAAAUAAAGGAUGUUUGCCCAAAAAUAGGCCAAGAAAGUGAUGAGUUGACAUUGUUGUGUCUUGAUCAAGAGAAAACAUGCAAAAAAUUUGUAUCAGAAAAAAAAGGAAAAUGUAAUGCUCUUGAACAGGACGUUAAAAAUGCACUUAAAAAGAACAGUGAAUUACGAGGAAAAUGUCUACCAUUACUUGAGCAAUGUUACUUUCAUAGAGGGAACUGCGAAGGAGAAAAAUCAAAGUGCAGUAAACUUACUAAUCAAGACUGUAAAGAAUAUAUACCAGAUUGCGAUAAGUUAGAAGAAGAAUGUGAAAAACAAAAUAUCAUUUACACACAUCCGGGACCCGAUUUUGAUCCAACUAAGCCAGAGCCUACAGUAGCAGAGGACAUAGGGCUGGAAGAGCUUUAUAAAAAAGCCGCAGAAGAAGGUGUUCAUAUUGGAAAGCCUCCUGUAAGAGAUGCAACUGCUCUACUGGCACUUUUGAUUCAGAAUCCAAUUCUUAAUACUCAACUGAGCGAAGAAAAAAAAUGUGAAAAAGUCCUUAAAGAUAAGUGUAAAGAGUUAAAAAAACACGAGGUUUUGGGAUAUCUAUGUGAUGAUAAUGACUCCACUAGUCAAAAUGGAACUGAAAAGUGUGGAAAGCUACAGAAAGAGCUAUUAAACAGUACUAAAAUUCUUUCUGCAAAAAUUGGAGCUAAACAUCUUGUCUCAAUCGGACAAAAUAACAUUGUUAGUUGGAACAAGUUGACGACAUUUAUUACUGAAGAAGAAUGCGUAAGGUUGCAAUCAGACUGUUUUUAUUUUGCUGAAGAUAAAGGCCCUCUUGAAAAAGAAUGCAAAAAUGUUAAGGCAGCAUGUUAUAAGAGAGGGCUUGAAACACGAGCCAAUGAAGCAUUACAGAGAAAGAUGUAUGGACUGUUUCGUGGUUCAGGCAAAGAAUGGUUUAAAAAACUACAAGAUAAAAUAAUGGAAGAAUGUUCAGAACUUAAAACAACAAGUGAUGAGUUAUUUUUACUAUGUAUUGAUCCACUUAAAGCAGUUAGAAUACUUGCAGCUGAUAUCCAAACAAGAGCGAUCUUUUUGCGGAAACAAUUGGAUCAAAAGCGAGAUUUUCCAACGGACAAAGACUGCAAGGAAUUGGGGAGAAAAUGUGAAGCUUUAGGAAAGGAUUCAAAUCAGAUUAAGUGGCCAUGUCAUACGCUAAAGCAACAAUGUGAUCGCUUAGGGACUACAGAAAUCUUGAAGCAGGUUUUACUGAAUGAACACAAGGAUACUUUGAAAACUCAUGAAAACUGUGUAACAUAUUUAAAGGAAAAGUGUAAUAAAUGGUCUAGAAGAGGCGAUGACCGUUUCUCUUUUGUAUGUGUUUUCCAAAACGCUACGUGUGAGCUGAUGGUAAAAGACGUGCAAGAUAGGUGCAAAAUAUUUAAAGAAAAUAUAAAAGUUUCAGAGAUUGUUGAUUUUCUUAAAAAUAACACGAAUAACAUAACAACACUGGAAAGAAACUGUCCCUCCUGGCAUACAUACUGCAAUAGAUUUUCACCUAAUUGUCCAGAUCUUACGAAAAAAGAUACUCUUUGUACAAAGAUCAAAGAUCAUUGUAAGCCAUUCUAUGAAAGAAAGGCCUUGGAAAACGCUCUCAAAGUAGAGCUUCGAGGAAAGUUGAAUAAGGAAAAUGAAUGUACUACAGCAUUGAAAGAAUAUUGUACACAAUUAGAAAAAUUAAAUAAUGAAUCUAUCAAAAGUUUAUGCAAAGCUAACACCAAGAAUAACCCUAAAAAGAAUGAUGAAGAUGUUAGGAAGGAACUCUGUGAUAAAUUAGUAAAAGAAGUAAAAGAACAGUGCAAAACAUUGCCAGCAGAACUAGAACAGCCUGCAAACGAUCUAGAAAAAGAUGUUAAAACAUAUAAAGAACUUAAAAAAGAAGCAAAGAAAGCAAUGAACAAGUCUAAUCUUGUUUUAUCACUCGUUAAGAAAAACGAAAGUAAUACAUCAAAAAAUAAUAGAAAUAAUAGCAAAAACAAGGAUAAGAAUGCCGUUUCAAACGGACUUCAAGAUACCACAGAACAUGUGAAAAUACUACGGAGAGGAAUUAAGGAUGUACUUGUGACAGAAUUGGAAGCCAAAGCAUUUGACCUAGCAGCAGAAGUAUUUGGAAGAUAUGUAGACUUGAAAGAAAGAUGUGAGAAAUUAACUUCGGAUUGCGGGAUUAAAGACGAUUGCGAUAGUUUAAAAGAAGUGUGUGGAAAGAUUGAGAAGACAUGUCGCGAUCUGAAGCCUCUGGAGGUGAAGCCGCACGAAACAGUGACAGAAAGCACAACGACGACCACAACGACAACAACGACCGUUGCCGAUCCGAAGGCAACAGAAUGCAAAUCCUUACAGACAACAGACACAUGGGUUACACAGACAUCGACACACACAAGCACGUCUACCAUCACAUCUACGAUUACAUCAAAAAUAACAUUGACAUCAACAAGGCGAUGCAAACCAACCAAGUGUACGACAGGGGAUGAUGCAGAGGACGUGAAACCGAAUGAGGGAUUGAAGAUGAGUGGGUGGAGCGUGAUGAGGGGGGUGAUAUUAGCAAUGAUGAUUUCGUUCGUGAUUUAG